CUGAAAGUUAGCCACUAAGCCACUGGGUAUUGCGCGUCUUUGCCAGACCUUUUGCUCUUCUGUCUUUUGCUUGAGCAUUUUGAAUUUGGAUUUUCUGACCCAUCACCAUCGGAGAGUCAGUAUCUGCCAACGUCGUCAGUAUUAUAUCCGCCUUGACAGUUGACAGUAGUUUGUUGGUGGGCGCUCAAGCAAAUGGCCGCUGUUUAUAGCCAUUUCACACCUUUCGAACUGCUCGGUAUGACGUUCCCACCGGCAAACUCUCCAUUCUAUAACAUUGGUACGGAGAUACCAAGUAACAUGGGAAACCACGCACCGCAAAUGGAUUCUGCUUGGCGUGCUACAAAGGAUCGUCACCUGCGUGGAACGAAACGACGGAGAUCUAUGAGUAGGUCGCCGCUUGGUGGGCAACAGGACAGGAAUGCUAUGGACGAGAGUAUGGCUGGACAUACUGGGAAAGUGGGUGAAAUGAUAGAUUCAAAUCUUUGUGGACAGGAAGAGUCAGAUGAUGUGAGUGGGAUACACGAACUGAGGUCGGGAGACCCGAAGAAACGCAGAUUGACUGCCCAACCUCAUAACGUCAAUGAGGAUCAUCCUCCGAGCCACCGUCAAUUCCCUUUGUCCCCCAUUCGCAUUUCCCUCCGUUCAACCGGUCCAAAUAAUGGGAAUGAACACCCGGAAAAUACCACAUAUACCGCCAUAAACACCCUCUUACACAUCAUCCACCAAGAAUCGCGCUUGCACGAUCCACCGCAUGGACCGUCAUACACAUCCAAUCUCUCUGAGCAGCAGGGGGUCAUACCAGACUAUGUCGGGGUGAACGGGAUGCUUAAAAGUUUGCAUUUGGCGAGACGUGGAGGUCUGGAUAACUCGCAUGGGUGACAGGUCUAAUGAAUUGGGGAAACACUUUUGCAAAUGGCGCAUCGUGGAAAGUUGGUUUCGUAUAGUAGUGAGUGUCUGAAUCUUGAGCUACACGCAUUGCCGUGUAAUGUAAAUAGAUGGUAUAUUCCUUCGUUUGCACAUCUAUGAUUUUGGAUCUCUUCCAUUCGCACUGCAUGCUUUUCGUCUCAAGUAAAAGGCCUGAGUCCGCUUCUUGAUAUUUGUUACAUUGGUUGGCAACGUCACAUGAAUUCAUUCGCGACCGCGAGUCAUUAAUAAAAACCGUCAAUACAAUUCAAACUGCGGACCGGCACGCCCAAACUAUGUGCAA